GAGUCAGCUUGAAGUCAACAUGUUUGUGUUCUUCUGUAACGGCAAAAAGGUAGUUGACAAGCAUGUUGACCCACAACUCACAUUACUGACCUACCUUCGAACAAAAUUGCUUCUGACAGGAAGUAAGUUAGGAUGCGGCGAAGGAGGUUGUGGGGCGUGUACAGUGAUGCUGUCCAGGUAUUCUGCCAAGGACCAAACGAUCCGUCACUUCGCAGUCAAUGCCUGCCUAAUUCCUAUCUGUUAUGUGCAUGGAAUGGCGGUUACUACGGUUGAAGGCAUUGGCAGUACCAAGACUAGACUACAUCCGGUACAGGAGCGCCUUGCUAAGGCCCACGGCUGUCAGUGUGGUUUCUGCACUCCGGGCUUCGUCAUGUCAAUGUACACGCUGCUGAGGAACAAUCCACAGCCAACUAUGGAGGAGAUUGAGAGUGCUUUCGAGGGGAAUCUGUGUCGCUGCACAGGCUACCGCGCCAUCCUGCAGGGGUACAAGUCGUUCACUAAGGAAGGAUGCUGCGGAAGUAACAAGAACUCCACUGGCUGCAGUGAGCUCUUAAUGAGGAAACGGCACUCUCAUUCUGUGUCUACUAGCUUGUUUGAUCCCAGUGAGUUUGUGCCGUACGAUCCUUCUCAAGAACCCAUAUUCCCGCCGGAGCUCAUGCUCAGGCACAGAGAAGAGCCUACCAAAUUGUUGAAAUUCGUCAGUGAGCAAAUUACUUGGUUUCGCCCAGUCACAGUGCAACAAGUGCUCGACAUAAAGGACAAAUACCCAGAAGCUAAGAUGGUGGUAGGAAACUCAGAAAUUGGUGUGGAAGUGAAAUUUAAGGAUCAAGUCUACCCUGUCUUGAUUGACGUGAAUCAUAUCCCUGCUUUGACUGAAAUCAGUACCACGCCCACCGGAGUCAAAGUGGGAGCAUCUGUGUCUCUAACUGAACUGAAUCACUUUCUCCCGUCGGUUAUGCAAGCACAGCCAGAGCAUAAAACUCGACUGUAUGCAGCCAUUGUGGAGAUGCUUCGCUGGUUUGCUGGACACCAGAUCAGAAAUGUCGCCUCGCUCGGUGGCAACAUAGCGACUGGAAGUCCCAUAUCUGAUCUGAAUCCCCUGCUGAUGGCUUCAAUGAGCACACUGCAGCUCGCAUCUCAAACAGGUACACGUACCGUUACUAUGGAUGGCAAUUUCUUCACCGGUUACAGAAAGAGCGUGAUUGGCAAAGAUGAAGUCAUUGUGACCGUAGACAUCCCGUUCACAAGUGAGAACGAGUAUUUCUACGGGUACAAGCAAGCUUCACGACGCGAAGAUGAUGUCUCCAUAGUCAAUGCAGGUAUGAGAGUGAUCUUUAAGCCCGGCAGCAAUGUGGUCGCGGAUUGCACCCUGGCCUAUGGAGGCAUGGCUCCAACAACAGUCUUGGCCAAGAAGACAAUGAAGGCUAUCACGGGAAGGAAAUGGGAACACGAUUUGGUUGAGGCAAUGUAUCCUACGCUUGGAGAGGAUUUACCUCUGCCUCCCGGUGCUCCAGGGGGCAUGGAGCCCUAUCGCCAGUCGCUCACCUUGAGUUUCUUCUUUAAAUUCUACUUGACCGUCCUGGAGCAAAUUAGUUUGAAGAUGCCCGGAUUGAAUGAAAUCAGUGUGCCAACGUCCUACAAGACGGCCACUCAGAGCUAUCAAAAGCAUCCUGCAAUGGGAGUACAGAUGUAUCAGGAGGUACCACCUGGUCAGCCCGAGUCUGAUGCAGUGGGUCGACCUUUGACCCAUCAGUCCGCCCUAAAACAGGCCACGGGAGAGGCUUUGUAUGUGGACGAUCUUCCCACUAUUAAAGGUGAACUCUACCUUGGCUUGGUCUUAAGCAAGAAAGCUCAUGCCAACAUCCUAUCUGUGGAUACAAGUGCAGCUUUAGCAGUGGAUGGCGUUCAUGCUUUUGUGGACGUCGGUGAUGUCCCAGGGAGCAACGAAUUAGGUGCAACGCCGAUCCAAGAUGACCUACUUUUCGCUGAAAAGGAGGUGACGUGUGUCGGGCAAGUUAUUGGCGUCGUUGUUGCAGACAACAAGGACAUUGCUCAGCGAGCUGCUCGUCUCGUGGAGGUACGGUAUGACGAACUUCCCGCCAUCAUUACUAUAGAGGAUGCUAUUGAACGAGGCUCUUUCUUUCCUUGCAAUCUCGCCAUCAAGAAGGGCAACGUGGAGGAAGCUCUCGUGACGUCUGAAUGCAUUUUAGAGGGAGAAAUGAAGAUUGGUGGGCAGGACCACUUCUAUUUGGAGACCAUGUCCACUUUGGUCAUUCCUGGAGAAGGGGGAGAGGUUGAAGUUAUAUCUUCCUCUCAGUGGCCGACGCUCACACAGAAAAUGGUUGCUAUGGCCUUAGGAGUGCCAAACAACAAAGUGGUGUCGCGAGUGAAGCGAAUUGGUGGGGCGUUUGGCGGGAAAGCGUCACGAUCGGGAUUGCUUGCCGCCAUGUGUGCUGUGGCAGCCAACAAAGUGAACCGUCCAGUGCGACUAAUGCUCGAUCGUGACGAAGAUAUGGUCAUGACUGGAAUCCGGCACCCCUUCCUGGGCCGCUACAAAACUGGAUUUACCAGAAAUGGGCGCUUGACUGCCUUACAGAUCGACCUGUACAACAAUGGAGGAAACACGAUGGACCUCUCCAGCGCUGUUAUAGAAAAGGCACUAUUCAACAUGGACAACUGCUAUAAAAUUCCAAAUGUACGAGUAAGUGGUCAUCCGUGCAAGACAAACAUCGCAUCCAACACGGGUUUUCGAGGCUUUGGAGGCCCAGAGGCAAAUAUGAUGAUUGAAUCCAUCUUGCACACAAUUUCCAUUGAGUACGGAUUGUCCCCAAUACAAAUUCGAGAGAUGAACUUCUACAAAGAAGGAGAUCGAACUUAUUUUGGACAAGAACUGAAAAACUGGAACUUGGAUCGAUGCUGGAGCGAAUGCAUAAGAAAGAGCGACUUUCACAGACGCAAACAAGAUGUAGACGAGUUUAACAGAAAGAGCCGUUGGAAGAAGAGAGGAAUUGCAAUGACGCCUGCCAAAUAUGGCAUUGCAUACACACACGUGCCCAUGAAUCAGGCCGGAGCUUUGGUUCACGUCUACACAGACGGUACGGUUCUAGUCACUCAUGCAGGGACCGAGAUGGGCCAAGGGUUGCACACCAAGAUGAUCCAGGUGGCGAGCCGGACACUGAGAAUCUCCCCGGAGAAGAUCCACAUCAGCGAGACCAGUACCAAUACGGUGCCUAACACUUCACCCACUGCAGGAAGCACCAGUUCAGAUCUGAACGGCAUGGCUGUUAAGGAAGCUUGUGAAACCAUCCUACAUCGCUUGGAGCCUUUCAUUCACAACAAUCCGAAAGGAACAUGGGAGAGCUGGAUUAAUGCAGCUUACUUGAAGCGUGUCAGUCUGUCUUCCACCGGAUUCUACAAAACUCCAGACCUGCACUUCAACUGGGAGACUGGAGAAGGCAGACCGUUUAAUUAUUUCACUUACGGUGUUGCAGUCUCUGAGGUAGAGAUUGACUGCCUGACGGGCGAUCACCAAGUGCUGCGCACCGACAUUGUUAUGGAUGUGGGGGACAGUAUCAACCCAGCGGUUGAUGUUGGUCAGAUCGAAGGUGGCUUCGUUCAAGGCUAUGGCUGGCUCGUCCUAGAAGACUACCGAAUGACCCCAACUGGACAUCUCCUGACCAAAGGGCCUGGUUUCUACAAGAUUCCCGGAGUCGGUGACAUCCCAAAAGAAUUCAAUAUCAGUCUCCUCACCAGAGCACCUAACUCCCUCGCCAUUUGCUCGUCAAAGGGGAUAGGAGAACCUCCUGUGUUUCUGGCAGCUUCCGUCUUUUUUGCAAUCAAGGAUGCUAUCCAAUCAGCGAGAGAUAAUGCUGGGCUACCCGGCGUCUUUCAUCUGAACAGCCCAGCCACGGCAGAAAGAAUCCGCAUGGCCUGCCAAGACAGGUUCACGCAACAGGUUCCGCAGAGUGAUCCAGGAACCCACUCGCCGUUUUUUGUACGUCCGUAACUGGGAUUCACGGCACCCUCCUGCAUAUGAACUUAAGAUCUGGUAAAAGGAUGCGCCAUGACCUUUGUUGCUGCUUUGCACUGUAUGG